UCUAGUGAUGAUGAUGUGUCCCAAUUUGAUACUAAGUUUACUAAGCAAACACCAGUGGAUUCGCCGGACGAAUCUACUCUUAGCGAAAGUGCCAAUUUAAUUUUCCAGGGAUUCACGUAUAUAGCUCCUUCUGUGUUGGAAGAAAUAUACAAGCCGCAAAUCAUAAAGGCCAGAUCACCUCGCAAGACUGGUACUCCCUUCCGCCAUCAUUUUGGUCUCAGCAUAGAGUCAACGCAAGGUAACAGUUUAGACCCCCAUUGCAGCUAUUUAGGGGGCAUGCAUCACAUGGCACAUCACAACAUAGGAGCGUUUGGAGUACAGCACACAAAUCAUCCACAUACAAACAAUUUCAAUAACGAUGAAAUGAUGGAAGUCAGUAGCGGUGUACCUCAUGUAUAGUACGACAUUUUUAUAAUAGAAUAUUUAAAUAAUCCGAUCGUUUAGUUCAAUUCUUUUUUUUUAUAUAAAUUUAAUUUGUUACUGUUACCAUAAUAUUAUUCAGUUUACUAUUUAUAUAUUUUUUAUCAAAUUUCUUUCGUAAAAAUUCUGCAUUUACCGAUUAAUUUUUUGAUUCGGUGAAGGAUAGAAAAAUUUCCUAUACUUCCAAGCUGCAAAGUGUUUCCUCCGCUCAUAGUAAUUAAGAAAUUAAUUGUAGAAACGGGAGCUGGGAGUCGAUAACUCCAUAUAAAUCUAACGUUUGAAUAUGUGAUAAAUAAAUUAAGCCUGAUUUUUUCUAUUUUAUGGAUAAAGUUUGAAUGAAAGCAACUAUGUUGAAUUGAAAGACGCAAAAUUUACGUCACAGAGGUGCAGUUUUGAAGUGUAACUAUCCAUAGUUAUGUGUACUACUAAACAUGACAUUAUGAAAAAGACAAAUUUUUCCUGCUUAUGCUGCUAAUAUAAAUGAUUAGCUUCAUUCAUUGAGCAGGAACAAAAUUAAGAAAAUCACAGGUCACAAUGUUCUGUAGCGAUUUAAUAUAUUCUAUCUAAAAUUAUUUAUUUGUGACAGAUUUUAGUUUUUUUCUUUUUAUUUGAAUAUUUUUCCACAUCAGAAAAUGUAAAAAUUAUUAUUAUUACUUCCGCGAAAAAUAGUUGUUCUUGAGAAAUUAUCUUUGUCUAAUCAAGAAUUUCACACUGCAAAAUAAAACAAAAAAAAAAAAACAAUCUAAUUUACGUUUUGAAAAUUUAUCUAUUUUUAUUAUUAUUAAAAGUGCAGUUUGUGUUUUCUGGGGUCCUUAUUGGUCACAAGGACUGAAAGGAGUAAUAAAAAAAGAAAAUUUUAUUUAAACACAAAAGUCAGUUUUUUGAAAUGUACACUAUCUUGAAAGUUUCGUCAUAACCAUGCAUAUUUUUAAUUUUUUUUAUUUAUUUUUUCAGUGUCAGAAUUAUGGUUAGACAAAAAUAGUUUCAUAAAAGCAACCCUUGACUGAUACAUAUGCUGCAAGAAUUGCGUUAAGGGGGAACAUCCGAGUAAAUAGCCAAAAAAAAUAGGUGAAUUUUAGGAAUUGUUAUCUCAAAAACUCUAAUUUUAUCCAGGUUUAUUUUAUUCAAAAGUAUAUUUCUUUAUAAAUACAGGGUGUUAAUUAAGUAUGUACAAUAAA